CAUACAAACUCAUUAGUUGAGCAACACAAUUUCUUACAACAACAGCUUAAUUAGUUAUCACUUGUCAAAAAUAUUGCCAUGGCUUUAGCAAAUAUUUUCUUGGUUUCUCUUAUGGUUGCAUUAAUUGCAACCCCUGUUGCAGUAGCCCAACUAGGAGGACUUCUCAAUGGCCUUCUUGGUUCAAUACGUAUAGAUGGGGUUCUAUUUUGCAGCCUUAACGGUAUCAUCAAUGGAACUACCACCCCAGUUUUCCCUAACGCAUCAGUGCAACUGCGGUGUGGAGCAGGAAAUGUAGUAUCAAGUACUACAACGAAUGGAUCAGGAGUGUUUUCCCUCGUGUUGGAUCCCCUUCAAAAUAUUUUGUCAUCGAUACUAUCCAACUGCAGUCUAGUGGUUGCAACUCCACUCUCAACAUGUAACGCGAGCUUACCAUCUAUCGGGCUUUUGCAGUCACCAUUGCAGCUUGUUGGGAAAACCCUAGUUGGCCUUCUUAGUGUUGUUAAUUUAGGUGCUACUGGUUUUCAGCUUCUUCCUAAUCUCAUUUGAACGAGCUAACCAAAAUGUUACUCGUUAAUUUAUGGUUAGAUAAUUUGUUAAGUAAGUGUUCCUUAUUUAGUGUUUUGUAGUGAUGCAUCAGCAAGAGUUAACCUAGUUUGGCCAGCUGCUGAAUGCAUAAUAAGGAUUGUUGUUGUUUCCACGUGCUAGUGAUGUAAUUGUUUGAAUGUAUUCCUUUCUUGUUGGAGUGUUAUGAAUAUGAAGUUGUCAUUAAUCAAUUGUGAUAAAAAAA